CUCCCAUGACAAUAAAAUUUUCUCCAUACCAAAGUUGCAGUUCUAUGCAUGCAGUCAUUGAAGGGUAAGAUUUUUCUCACAUUAUCAUUUAAGAAGAGUUGUGGUCAUCAUCAUCACACAGAUAAUUGCUGGUGUCGUUUUGUGUUGAAAAAUUGCACAUUUUACUAUUCUUCCAGUGCCAAUUACUGACCCUGUACAACUAAUCUCAAGGAUAGAUUUUUAAUUGGCAGGUUAGAGACUGGGGAAUAUAGUCUGGUAUGUAUCUCCAAUUCUCUGUAACAGGUUAACUUCUUAAGAGUCAAAUUAUAGCAAUAUAAUUCAUCUUUCUUUAAAUUUAAAACUGUUGCAGAAAAUUAUAUGUUGGUUUCUUUACAUUAAGUACUUGACCAAUUAGAGAGAGAGCUCAAUGAUCCUCAGCAUUAUUUCUUUUCCCCCAUUUUGUCACAUUAUGCCCAUAAAACAAAUCUAGCAUGGUUUGUUUUUCGUCCAAACAUUGGUGUUUAUAUUUCACUUUGAACUCUUACGAUCCUUCCAAAAAAAAAAAGAGACAAAAAUCCACAGGAACUUAGUAGAACUAUUAACUAUAGUAACCCCAACUGUACAGAGUUUCACGGUCCAAUACAAUUAGGGAACAGAGUGAUAGGGGGCCCCAUUAUUAAGAGUGCAAUAAAUAGUUAAACAAUUCCACGUUAGAUGGAAACUAAAGUAGGAGUUGAGAGAGAGAGUUUGAGUUUUGUGUUUUGGUCCAUGUCUUUUGUUUGUUGAAGAAAUAAGAGCCGUCAGAUUUGUCUACAUCGAGAUUACAACAACAAUCCAAAUAAGGUGGCCACGUGUAAGGGAGCAUCAACAUGGAGCUUAAACUUAAAACGUAUUGGAUUCCAUUAUUCAAACAGAGAGUGACGUUGAUAUAUCAGUGCAUGCAAGGUAAAAGGAAUGGGUUUUGUGAAAAGUGACAAAUUGCAUGAGAUUGGCGGUGGGAUUGGGAAGAGAUAGACAAGAGAGCAGCAAGGACCAUUGGCUAAUGGCUACUGGUGCUUAAUUUUGCCCCAUAACUAUUUAUAGAAAAGCAGAGGAUUGUAGCAGUAUAAAUAAGCUCAUCUCAAGGCAAAAAAGAAAAGAAAAAAAAAAAGAAAAAGAAAAGAAAACCACUACUGAGUUCCAGACACAAGUGGGUGUGUGAUGUGAAGACUGACUUUAGCUUUAAAGUCCCCCCCAAUCCACAUUGGCCAUUGAAGGUAUCACAAACCCUGAUCAUCUCUUUAAAAGCUUACCUCUUACUCUGACAUAACUGAUGACUUAUAUUGAUUCCACACACACUAUAUAAAUGUAGUAAUAUUUAAAUAAAAAUAAACCACUCACUUACAACUUUCUUAAAUGUGAAAAAUGAAGGGACCACUCUACUCCUAUUAAUCACACUGAUCUUCAUUUAUAAGGUGGUAACAGAGUGUUUUGCCACUUACAAGAGUAGUGAUUAGAUAGGGAAAGAAUAAGUGGUGGAUAUACAUGUAUUUAGUCAUUAAUGACAUUAAAAAUUAUAUAAUAAAACGUUAGAAAUGGAAUUUAAAAAACCGUGUAAAGCCCCUGAAAAAAAAAAAAGGAAAAUGUAAUUGUCAGAGAGAUAAGUGGGGAAACUAUAUAUAAUCCAAUACUUCCUAUGCAGCCUGUUGUGGAGUGAUUGGUGAGAAGUUUUUAUUCGGAUUGGAAAGUGAAAUUUCUCUCUCUUUUUCCUCUUCUUCUUAUCUUUUUCUUUUUUCUGUUUCCAACCCAAAAGCCCAUACAUCUCUUUAACUCGAAAUACUCUAUUUAAUAAUUAUACUUAACUUGCCAAGACUUCACAUUUUCCAACUCUUUUACAAACCUUCUGAACUACCCUUUUUAUCUACACUUUUUGAUCAGUUCAAAGGCCAAACUUCCAACCCAAUCUCUACACCUAUUCCCCAAAAACUAUGGAAGAUGAAGAGAAAUCAAUCCAAGUUAGAGGAAGCAAUGUAGAAGACACAACAUCAAGAGUGUUCCCCUGUUUGUUCUGUACAAGAAAGUUUUACAGUUCUCAAGCUUUAGGGGGUCAUCAAAAUGCUCACAAAAAAGAAAGAACAGCAGCUAGAAAAGCCAAAAGAGCAUCUGAAUACACCCCAUUAAACUUCUCUUCACACCCUCAACAAACCAUGGUUUUUGCUCCAAAUCAUCAUAUGGGCCAUUUUCAUCAUCAUCAUCAUUCUCCUCCAAUGUAUAUAAAUGCUCAUGCCUCUAACUUUCGCUAUUUCCCAACUACAACUACUAAUAAUCACAACACUACUACUACUACUACUGCUCAUCAAUUCGGGUCAAAUGGAGCACCAAAGUUUGAGAAUUUCGUCUAUUAUGGUGGGAGUUAUCCAUGUGAAGAAGAUGAAAAAAGCUUCUUGAAUUGGCAGAGAAGUAUAAGAUAUAAUGGCUUUGGUGGAGUUGGGUCAUCUCAAAAUGGAUCUCAAGUGAUGAAUCAUAGUAUCAUUAGUCAUAAUAAUAAUAAUAUUGUCAAUUGUGAUAAGGGUAAAGAUCCAAAACUUGAUCUUUCUCUUCAUUUAUAGAUUAAUGGUUGGUAUAGUAUUAUUAGUAUGGUUAGAAAGUUGAGAAUUUUGCCUUACUUGAAUGGAGAGAUGAUGAGUAUGAAAUAAUAAGCAUUCUUUUUCUUUUUCUUUUUUUAGUUUUGGGACAUUUUAUUGUUUUGUUUUUGUGAUCAAUCUUCUUGUUUUGUUGCAAAGAUUAAUGAUUGUUUUGUUUAUUUCA